CAGAAAUUUCAGCAGCUAAUUUAACCAUGAAAACUGUGAUUGGAUCAUCUACAGUGUCAGAAAAACAUGAACUGCAGUUUGAUCUGCCGCUGGAGAACCAUGAACUCCUCGCAGACAGACAUGUUGUACCAUGUCCAGACGAGGAAGAAGAGAUUGACCAGGAAAUGGCUGAGGCAGCUAAAGCAGAGGGUACAGAAGAUGUAGGAUGGUGGACCACCAUAACUCCGUACAAGGUAUUUGUACUGGUAUUGCUGUUGCUCGCCUUCCUUCUGAACCAGCUGGACCGGUUCAUGCUUGCCAUCACUAAUAAGUCCAUAGCACAGGACAUUAAGUAUGGGGACAAAGGCUGUAUGGCAAACACAACCUUCACCAAAGCAGAACUGCAGGGAAUCAAGUGUGAAGAAAUCAUUUCAGAAACAAAUUGUACGUCUACAGUGAACAGUAACAACAGUUUGAUAUGUGAAUGGAACUACAAUGGUCAGGGACUGCUCUACCAGAUCAUCGCUGGUCCAGUCUUCAUUGUCAUCUUCACCUUUUCUGGGAUUUUUGUUGGCUUCAUGGCUGACAAGUAUAAUAGAAAGAAUCUACUGGCCAUUUGUUGUGUUUUCUGGUCUGUGAUGACACUUCUCAUGGGAUUUGUGGAGGAAUACUGGCAGUUGGCCCUUCUGCGCUUUGGCCAGGGACUGGGAGAAGCUGGAUGUACUCCGUUUGCUGCCUCUAUAAUAACAGACUACUUCACCACAGAGACACGAGGGCUCGCUAUAGGAAUCUACAACUGGGGGAUCUAUAUGGGUUACAGCCUGGCCUAUGCCUUUGGCAACUUCAUCACACUUGCAGACAUCAAUGGUCAGGGAUGGAGAUGGUCAUUCUUCCUCUCUGGAGCUCCAGGAAUACUCCUUGGAAUUGUUAUAUUCAUAUUUCUGAAGGAGCCAGAAAGAAAAAGAGACGUAAAGAAGGGAGAAGAUUCUGCUCCGGUGGCAGAUUUAUCUUGGGUUGAAAAACUGAAAAAAAUUGGACGUUAUUUCAUUAGUCCAUCCGUGAUUCUGAUCUGUUUGGGAGGCUCCAUAAGAAAUGCAUCGGGGUACGUAUUCGCCUACAGUACACAGCCAUACUUUACACUGAUUGGUCAGACCAAGGAACAGAUUGGAACCUGGAUGUCGUGGAUACCACUCGUUGGUGGAAGUCUUAGUGUGCUUGUAGGAGGUUUUAUAGCCGAUCGAGUUGUCAAGAAAAGAGGGUUGUACGGCAGAAUAUCCAUCAUAUUUGUUAGCUUGAUCAUAGCAGCACCUUUUGCGGCUGGCACUCUCUACUUUGACCCUCCCGCUGCCUUUGCCUUCCAGAUACCUACUUACUUAUUUGGUGAGAUGUGGAUUGGAAUCACAUUAGCUGUAAUAGUCGAGUUGAUGCCUGCUGAUAUUCGGACAACAGGUGUUGCCCUAUACCUGUUCAUCAUCACAAACAUCGGAGGCAAUAUACAACUUCUCAUUCCUAGUAUACGUGAAGCAUUCGAAUCUGCUGACUAUACCAAGACCCAGGCCUGGAGAGCUACACUUUACAUCCUGUAUCCGGGACCUUACAUUUACGGCGCUCUUGUCUACAUCCUGGUAUUUAUUGUGGUCAAGCGUGACCAGAAACGUGCACAAAGCAGUAACUAUCACGAGAUGGAUGGAAGCGCUGACAAAAAAUAGGACUGAAUGUUUGGUAUGUCACUUCCUCUCUAUGGACUAGGUGUAGACAUGUUACUGUCUAGCAGCAUUGAGAGAUGAGGCGACGUUUGUGUGAAUAAUCU